AUGUCAUCAGCUCCGGACGAGUUCGACGAGACCACUAUAGACCCCGACUCUCUACCGGUGCCUGCGACAUGGAGGCAGAAGACCUCCGUCUUCCGGUACUGUGGACCUUCUGUGACGGGCACAGUCACCUCCGCGAUUGAUGAGGGGGUGCUGUACUGCAUCAUGACGGACGGGGGCGCCUGGGCCUUCUACAACGACACUCGAUACUACACGGUGCAGGUGAGAUACCGCAUCGCGGCCGGAUCGACGGUGACGCCAGGGCACUCUGUAACGGUAGAGGGCGAUGGGGCGCAGCAGGAGCUGUCGAUGGAACUGGGGCCUGAGGAGACGAGGGUGUUGCUCACGGGCAGAGUGGUGGGCUUGGAGAACCUCUCCAAGGCAACACUCCUGUCGAGGCGUGCAGCGACGACCCAAGAGGAUGAGGCACUGUGCGCGGAGCCGCGGCAGCACUGGGGCGUUCUUGCCACCUCGUGCCCGGAUGCCGCGUUGCCGGAUCGCCGUAGCGUGUCAGCGACGCACCUCGUCGCCCGAUGCGUGGCGCGGCAGAUUCGGUUUGUCGACCCGCAUUUCUUCCCAAGCCACGCCUCCCUCUACCGCCACGGCCAGGACAGCUUUUAUGUGCCUCCUCUGCACUGGCGCCUGCCUGCGAGUUACCUCCCCGCCGAUGACAGCUCCUGUCGCGAGGUGCGUCUCUUCCGCGGCCCCGUCCGUCACCCCAACGGUUUGCGUGCGGGACGCCUGUUCCCUAACCACCUACUCCUCUCUGUUGCAAUCGGGCUUACGUGCCUCUGGCCCCAGGCGCUGCACCGCCUCUUCAUUCAUCCGCAGGGGGCCCAGGAGGGCAAGCGCGACCGAGCUGUCGGGGCCUAUCACGUGAGGCUGUGCACAGGGGGCUGGUGGUGGCCCUGUGUCUUGGACGAGUUCUUUCCUGCGUCUGCACGAUGCCCCGAGUUCAGCCACUGUGCUGACGACCUGCGGGUGCUGUGGCUGCCUCUGCUAGAGAAGGCGUGCGCAAAGUCGCUCGGCUCCUACGCUGCAAUGCGGGAGGCCCCUCUGGAGCACUUUGUCCGCGCGCUCACCGGAGGGCCUUGCACGGUGCUGCGCGACAUCUGGCCAGCACACGAGGACUUGCGUGACUCCACCGUCAAGGCAACUAGUUUCUUCGGGCUCAUGAAGAGGCUGCUGCGGCAACGACCGACGGAGAUCCCGAGCUUGGUGUGCUGGCUGCAACCCUACUUUCGCGGCACCGCCCGCACACAGGAGAUAGACGAUCGGCUGGUGGUGCUGUACGAGGAUGUCGGACUCGACCCUAACGUCUCCACUGUGGUGCUGGGGCUUGAGACGCUCGGCGAUGGGCAGUGCGUCGCGCGUCUGCGUCAGACGGCUGAGAAGAGGAGGUCGGCGGAGUCGUGGCUUGACCUUUGGCGCCGCGCCGGAAAGUCGUGGGUCGACGAGGUGAGCGAUCUGGUGUUCGCCAUGGAGGAGACGGCGGGGGACACGUUGUGGAUGGCGCUGGAGGACUUACCGCAGUACUUCCAAGGCGGCUGUAUGGCACCACUGACGAGCGACUGGGGGACGGUGAAGGUGCAGGCUGAGUUUACGCAGCGCCAGCCGUCUGUGGUGCUGGAAGUGACAGUGACGGCACCAACGCGCCUCUUGGCGAGCGUUACGCAGAGGGACCGCGAUGAGGUCGGUUGGCCGACGCAGGCAGUGAAGGCUGGUAAUCCCUCAAUGCGUGCAAGUCAAACAUUAGCGGGGCUGAGCUGCCUGCUGUACUCCAAGGGCAGCGGCGACAGAGCUCAGUUUUGUGGCAGCAGCGGCGACACCCCUGAUGUUUUUGAGGUUGCUCAAGAGCCGCAUUUUGUGUAUGAGCGUGAGGUGACCGCCGGGCAUCUGCUAGACCCGCGACAGGGCCCCUACUAUGUUGCGGCGUUUCUGCACUCCAUUUCGCCCGAUGUGGCGUACACCAUAACAGCCCAACUAAUCGCGGCAGAAUCGGUGUCUUCUGCGGCGCCACUGGCAGCUCCGGAAAGCAGCACGGCAACCGUGCGCUUCAUGACGGCGAAACCAGGGGCCGCUCUCUUUCAGGAUCUCAGUCGGCCGAUCCUCCUCGAGUCCUCGAUGGAGGUGAGCGCGACAGCCAUGAACUACCAAAGUUACCUACCAGGGCAACUGCGCAUGCACUACGGCUCGGGAGUGACUGUCGAUCUUGUGCUUGGCGGCAGCGAUGUGCCACCGCCAAUGAUAGCGGCAGGCACCAAGUGA